AUCAUGUGAGAUGUCAGCAAGAAAAGAGAGAGAGAGAUAUAAAUUUUGUCAUCCCACAAGAGACUGGACUUCGGGUGUCAUCGGGUGUCGUCGGUUUUUACUCCCACCUAGAUGUUUUUUGUGCUGAAUGUUCUCCCACUUUUCUGUGCGCGCGCGCAGUUUAUAAAUUUUCGGUAGUGGGGGAAAUUUCCGAGAUCUAUUCUCUUUCUGGGACCACAAUAACAAAUUUCUAACAUAACCUACUCGUGUUUUUGAAUCUACAACGUGAGAUCAAUAACUUAUUACUCCAUAUUUUAAAUAAAUUAUUUGUAAAUAUAAUUUUGAAUUCAAAUAAUUUGAAAUGGAAACUGUGCCAAAAGAUUUAAGAAGUUUGCGCGCGUGUUUAGUUUGUUCUCUGAUUAAGACCUUUGAUCAAUUUGAAAUUGACGGAUGCGAUAAUUGUGAUGAAUUUUUGCGGAUGAAAAAUAAUAAGGACAAUGUCUUUGAUUGCACGAGUGCGAAUUUUGAUGGAAUGAUUGCGGCAAUGAGUCCAGAGGACAGUUGGGUCGCCAAGUGGCAAAGAAUAAAUCGUUUUACAAAAGGAGUCUACGCCAUAUCAGUAUCAGGAAGAUUACCAGCAGGAGUCAUCAGGGAAAUGAAAAGCCGUGGAAUUGUUUAUCGUCCACGCGACACAAGUCAAAGAUAAAUAUUUUAAAUAUAAUAAUAAUUAUAAUAAGAUAUAUAUUUAUCAUUAUAACUAACAAUACUUCAAUAGAUAUGUAAACAAUAAUUUUUCUUUAACAAUUUGAGAUUCUCUGUGAAUUUAUUCUCCUAUAUAUAUAUUUAUAUAUCAAAUUUGUGCGUAAAACAAUUAUUGUAAUUUAAAAAUUUUGGAGGGAAUAGUGUUAAUAAAAUAACUUUUUUAAAAACAA